UUGUUUUGGGUGAUUUCACAUUUGUGCAGUUGCAGACGCCAAUGGAAUUUUCAAGUUGUCAAAGCGAAGGCAAAAAAGUGUUAUUGAGUUUAAGCGGCGAAAGAGAAGAAUGGAUUGCUCUGGUGGAUUCAUCAUCUUUCUCAUUGAUGCCUCACCACAAGGAUGAAAAGUUGUUGAAGAUCAUUAUCCUCCACCGCGAGGAUCUCUCAGAAAUACGGCUACAGACGAAGAGUUUAUUCGCUGAAGCCUCUUGCUCUGCUGCCAAACAUGAAGAAAUCUGCAGAUCAAAUUUAAACAAACGAACUUACUCUGUUCUACGACUGUCCUCCCCUGCUCUCCCUCUCCAUGAUUGCCAAACAGUGUACAUCCCCAAGGACGUUAAUAAACGGAAAGAAUUUCCUCCGACUUCAAAAGGAUUACUCAACUCCGAGUAUGAUCAUCAUCCUAACAUUAAUACCAAUUUAGUGUCUGUAAAUGGCACGAAAUCUGGUUGUACCACUCCGGACAGCCAACAUGUUGUACCAAAUAGUGGUGAUAUAGAUGUAGAAAUUGAAGAAUUGCCUCGACAAGGAGGAGGUUUGGGAGCCAGAGAGCUCGCCAACGAUGUGGAUUCCGCCGUCCGUGAAGAUGAUGUUUAUCAUUGUCGAGAGAGGGGCCACAAGCCAUCACAUAACCCAAUCAACGCCACUGUCAAACUCAGGAGGGAGUUUCUGUGUGGGGUGUUGCUAUUGAUAGCCGCAUUGGUUGCCAGUGUAACCUACCAAGCAGCAUUUAGAAUCCUUGGCGGCAAUCUCGGAGACAAACAAGAUUCAAAUGCAAACCGGUCAUUCGUGUGGUUCAACUCCACUGGAUUCAUUGCAUCAGUGUCUCUGAUUAUAUUCCUCCUACACGAAUACCCAUUGAAACCGUGGACUCAAAUCUCAGUGUGCACUCUGUUUGGAUCAUACAUGUACUUGAUCAUGGCUACAUCGCCGCAUGAGGCUUUUGUGCUUCUGUUCCUAGGAAUUCCAUUUCUACUGUUCGCAGCUGCAGGACAAUUGCGUGGAUUUGCAAGGCCAAGGUCCAAAUUGAAGUAGUCUUCUUAUAUAGUGUAAUAAUGUUGGAUAUUUUAGGAUAUGUUGUUGUUAUGUCACAUAUGAUAUGUAUUAACUCUGCUAGCAAGAGUUUUCUUUUCUGUAGUAAUAAAAGAAUCUGAGAUGAACUUCACACACACACACACGAUGGACUUCACCCGUGUGUGUCAGUGUGUGUGUUUCUUUAUUAAAAGAAUAAUGUUGUUAAUAGAGCCCAUGAGUGAUUAGUUCUCUUUA